UCUGUUCCACGUUUUAACAACGUCGCAAAUUUUCUACUCUAUAUAGACUUCUUGAUGAUCUCUUGUGAAAAUAUUAUGUAUUAUGCAGAGAGAGGAAGGGAGAGAGAAUUUGAAUUAGUCAAUGGGUCAAAGUCUUUACAGUUCUUGUGGAUCUAGCAGGAAAGUGACUAAGAAACUCCUUCUAUCAUCUAUGGGGUUGUCUUUGGCGCGACCUUCCAUUUCAAUGAACAAAUCGUAGCAGCACUUGGCUCCGUUCUUUAAGUCUGCUCCUGUGCAAGUCUUCUAUUAACAAAUUUCCAAGUCAACUGGCGUGUUUACCAGAGAAACAAUCUAUGGUGGUUGACAAUCACUAAAAAUAUCUCUGUAUUUUAAGUAAGAGCAUUUCUGUCCUCUAUGCUAUGGUGGUUUGUCUUCGUUUGCUGAAUUGGGUAUUUCGAAUGGGGUUUCCGUCCAUUUUUUCUUUCUUUGUUAUAUCCCAUUUAGUGAUUGUUCACUCUACUGGGCAAGACGACGUGCACGGGUACCAACAUGGUUGUCCACAGUCCUUCAACUGUGGAAAACUUGGGCCUGUGAAAUUCCCUUUCUCCAACGACACAUAUCCCCGAUGUGGGUUGUGUACUGUCAAUUGUAGCGAACCAGUACCAAUAAUCAAAUUGGGGUGGAAGCGCAAACCGUAUGAAGUUAAGGAAUUCUUGAAUGAUGAAGCUGUAAAUGUUAGUGACAAAUUGCUAGGAGACCUCAUAAGCUCCAAAAGUUGCGACAUUUUCAGUAACUUGAGUCUUUUUAGUGGACCUCGAGACAUUUCCUAUACGAUGUCUCCCAACCUCACCUUGUUCAAAUGCCCUACAAACAGCAGCAGUAAACCUCUACGGCAGACAGGAGUUUACAGUUUCAGCAACUGCUCAGGCUACAUUGUCUACUAUACAGAUCCUAAUCAACGUACUCAAACUCCUUCCAAUCUUUCAUCUAACUGUGUAGUUAUUCAACUACCAAUGCUACCAUCAAUCCAGAAUCGAAAUGUCAGUGAUCUAUUUUCACUAUUGGCUUGUGAAUUCACCAUCAGGUUGCAUGUGUCGAAGGAAUGUUUAGAAUGUCACCAUAAUGGAGGCCAAUGUGAUGAAGGGUCCCUUUGCAUAAAGGAUGAAGGAAGAAGUCACUUGAAAGUGGUUCUAGCAACAGUCAUACCUGGAGUUAUCCUUCUGCUUGGCUUGCUCAUACUUGCUAUCCGGUAUCGCAAGAAAUUGAAUUAUGUCUAUUCAGUCGUCCUUUCAAUCAACACGUCUUCCGAUCCCUCCUCUAAACCAGACCUUGAAGGAGGUAGUGUUUACUUUGGGGUCCCUGUCUUCUCCUACACUGAAUUGGAAGAAGCUACUAAUAACUUUGAUCCCUCUAAGGAAUUGGGAGAUGGAGGUUUUGGCACUGUAUACUAUGGAAAACUCCAAGAUGGGAGGGAAGUUGCAGUCAAGCGCCUAUACGAGCACAACUAUAAGCGAGUGACUCAGUUCAUGAAUGAAAUUGAAAUCCUCACACGUUUGCGCCAUCACAAUCUUGUCACCCUUUAUGGUUGCACCUCUCGACUGAGCCGGGAACUCCUCCUUGUCUACGAGUACAUUCCUAAUGGCACUGUUGCUGAUCAUAUACAUGGUGAUCGUGCAAAGGAUCGACCACUCGUGUGGUCUAUCCGCAUGAGCAUUGCCAUAGAAACAGCCUGUGCAUUGACUUACCUCCAUGCUUCUGACAUCAUCCACCGCGAUGUAAAGACUAACAACAUACUCCUUGACAACAAUUUUUGUGUCAAAGUUGCAGAUUUCGGGCUUUCAAGGCUUUUCCCCAAUGAUGUCACUCAUGUCUCAACAGCUCCACAAGGGACUCCUGGUUAUGUUGAUCCAGAAUACCACCAAUGUUACCAACUUACGGAUAAGAGUGAUGUUUAUAGCUUUGGGGUUGUGCUCAUUGAGCUCAUAUCAUCAAUGAAAGCUGUUGACAUUAGUAGGCAUAGGCAUGAGAUUAAUUUGGCUAACUUGGCGAUAAACAGGAUCCAACGUCGUGCAUUUAAUGAGUUAAUUGACACAUCUCUUGGGUUCGAGUCAGAUUCUUCGAUUGAGAGGAUGACUACCAUGGUGGCAGAGGUGGCUUUCCGGUGCUUGCAACUUGAAAAGGAAAUGAGACCUACAAUGGAAGAGGUUUUGAGGGCUUUGAAGGAAAUUCAGGAUUCCAAAGAUGAGAACACUGUGUACGUAAUAGAGAAUGCUGAGGUGUUGAAGAGUACACGGCCACCUCCUUCACCUGAGGGUGAUAAUAUUGUGUUGUUGAAGAAUGGCAAGGAGCUUCCUUCACCAGAUGCUGUGACUGAUAGAUGGGUUAGUUCCUCUUCCACAUCCAUUUCCAGUGGUUAAGGCUUCAUUUCCCUCUGCUUUAUUUUAGAGGUAGUAAAAGCUAAGAAAAUGUUUGACACUCAUGUCAUGUGCAUGAAAGUGGUUUGUAUUCCUCCUCUUUUUUUCAUUUAUUUUUAUUUCCUUACCUAUGUUAUUGAUAUAGAUCUGCUAAUUAUAUUGAGGGAAUGUAUAUAGUAAAUGGAGUUCUUAUCAGUAUACAUGUUCAUAUUUGGAGAUAGCUGAAGUCAUGGCUCAGUUCAC